AUGAAGCACGCGACGUGGCUGCUUUUUGCGUUUACCCUGCUUCUCGUCCAGAGGACCCACGUUAGCCGCGCUCAGAGGACCCAUGCGAAACAGGGUCUCAAUCGUGAAAAUCCAACCGUUAAGAUACCGGGUCAGGGAACCGUCCUCGGCAAAGAGAUAGCUGUCAACUCGGUAAGACUAACGCAGUAUCUCGGUAUCCCUUACGCACAACCUCCGCUUGGCGAUCUUCGUUUCAUGCGACCAGUGACAGAGCCUCUUCCUUCUUGGACCGAUGUGAAAAAUGCAACGCAGUUUGCGCCAUCCUGUCCGCAGGCUACGGGUCAACUUAAAUUGCACGAGAAGCUCUUUAUGCAAUUGUUAUCGGACAUACCAGAUCCGGGAUUCGACGAGAAUUGUCUUUUCUUGAACAUCUUCGUCCCAAGCGAAGGAAACCGUCAGAACGACCAAUGGCCAGUGAUGGUUUGGUUCCAUGGUGGCGAUUUCAACACUGGAACUCCAGCAAUCUGGGACGCCUCUGUAUUCGCUUCCAAGCAAAAGGUGCUAGUGGUGACGGUGGCGUAUCGAUUAAACAUCCUCGGAUUCUUCACGACGACGGACUCCGAGGCGUCCGGUAAUUAUGGCAUGUUCGAUCAAAUCGCCGCCCUUGACUGGAUAAAGCGAAACAUCAAAUCCUUCAACGGCUCGCCCAGUAAUAUUGUCAUCUUUGGCCACAAUUCCGGUGCCAUAAGUGUAGGACUGCACAUGCUGAGUCCUCUCAGUAACGGGAAAUUCCAUAAGGCGAUUGCUAUGAGCGGGGAUGCCAUCAGUUCUGUUGGCACGCUAGAAAGAGAGAAGCCGAUCGUCGACAUUAUAACUAAUAAAUUCGGUUGCGAUCGACGACCGACCAGCAAGCUGAUGGAAUGCCUGCGCCGACUAUCAGCCGAUUUCUUAAUCAAGCACUCAUCUGACAUCGAGAGCUGGGGCCCGAUCGUCGACGCAGAAAUCAUCAACGAGACAGACCCAUUUCUUACGCAACAUCCGAGAGACAUCUUGGAAAAUGGUAACUUCAAUGCGGUGCCGCUAAUGGUCGGCUACACGAAUAACGAGCAAGUUUUGGCGUACAUGGAGGUCAUCGGUGAUAAGAAUCCAGAGGGUGGACUUUCUUCGGAGAGCUUCGAGACGAUGAUCACAGACGAGUUCACAGCGGCAGUGGAGAUCUCAGAUGACAACAGCACGUGUGAGUCGAAGCCAGAGAUGGUGGCAAACGCGGUGUUAUUCUUCUACAAACCAUAUCCAACCACGACAAACAUGACGGUGUUCCGCGACAGAUAUUUGGACCUGCAAACGGAAAAGAAUUUCGCGGCUGGCCUGACACAAUUAGCCGAUAAAGUGGCGAAGCAAAAAUCGACGGCUUUCGUAUAUCGGUUCGACUAUCGUCCCAAGACGCAACCGGUCGCGAAGGACGUGCCGGAAUGGGCCGGUGUACCGCACAUGUUCGAGCUCCCAUUCGUUUGGGGUUUACCGCAUAUGAUGGGCGUCGGUGCGACGCAAUGGAACUUCAACGACAAAAGGAUGUCCGAGUCGAUGAUGACGAUGCUGGCGACGUUCGCCAAAACCGGGGAUCCUUCCUUCGUGGAGAGGACAGUAUCGGUCAAGUGGGAGCCCUAUACACAGGAUAAUCCGAGAAUUCUGAUCAUCGAUAAAAAUAUCGAGAUGAACGAGCCGGGCGCAGUGGAUUACAAGGCGCUCGCAUUCUGGAAUGAAUAUUAUCCGCAGAUCAUGAUGGAGGCGACGAACAAUUGUUGCAACGUUACAAGCACGGCGACGACAUGGAGGAUAUUCUCUCAUAGCGUGUGUCUCAGCGGCGUGAUGGCUACGGUGGCGUUUCAUCGCUUUGGGUUCUAGCUACGAUCACAGCGUGAAAUAUUAAAUACUGAAUUUAAAAAAAAAACGUGUUAUUGCGCUCGCUGUUGUAUAUUUUUAAUAGACCAAUAACGAAAGAAAAUGAGACGGCGUUGUCGGAUUUUGCAAUUUUAUAACAAGAUCUCUUCCCACUCUACUUUUUAGAAGCAAACGCAGUAACAGUCUUGUUAUACUCUUGUAGAAUACAUAUCUCGCGAAAUUCGCAUCUUCUUGUGUAAAUAGAUUCGUACGUUUCGCGAUUGUUUCACAAUUGUUGUACGCAUUUAAUUGAGAUUUCACGCACUCGUAUGUCUGUAUCUAUUGCAAUAUGGUAUUAGUAAAUUUUCCUAUGUUCGCAUUUGUUAUCUCAAUUACAUUGCGUAUAUCACAAAGUUAUUUUAUUCCGUUCUUCUUAUCUUACAUGUUACUUGAUGUAGAUUUAUACGAAACAAGGAGAAAUUAUCUACAGUAAUCAGGUAAACGGCAGAACAUAGUUCACAAACGAGACAAAGGGGGCUCGGAAUGAAAUAAAAUGAAAUCCAGGUUGCAUUACAAGAGUAGGAAACUUGGGCCCUUUUUUUUUAACAUUCAUUGAUUUUUUUAUUUGCCUUAAUACGGAGAGAUAUAGAAAAACAUACUUUGUUUGAGAAACAAACAGUUCGAUAACUUAUGAAUAUUUUGAUGAUCCGAUAAUAAUAAUUAAUAUUAAUAAUAAUAGCAAUAAUGUU